ACGACAUACGACAACAUUUGCAAAAUUGCAAAUUGAAAAUUGCAUGCACAAUGCCCCUGCAUUUUGUAUUAGUUGCAUUUGAAAAGUUUACUUACAACAGUUCAGUUACAACUUCCUAAAAUAAUUAUCAGAAGGAUUGUUUUUUUAUAUUUGGUGUGUCAUGUAGGUAUUCAAGUCUGAUUAUUGGUCAAAAACUGUCCGUCUCACCAGUUUGAAAUACCUAAGUGCUGGAAUGGAGCCAAGUCAAAUUUGUGCAUGCUGAUGCUUGAAGCUAUCCUGGAAUCUUUUUGUAAUUUUUCUCACUGGGGUUCCGGUCUCUUCAUAAAAUGACUGAAGGACUCUUGAAUUCAAUCUUUUUGUGCGAGGUGGCCAAAGUUCAUGACUAUGGUGCUUUUGUAAGAAUUCCUGACUCGAGACAACAAGGCUUGGUUCAUCGCUCUCAAGUUUCGUCCACCCGUGUUGAUGAUGUCACAGAAGUCUUACAACAAGGAGAACGUAUUUGGUGCAAAGUCAUCAGUAUUAAUGAUGAUGGAAAAAUUGCACUGUCAAUGAAAGUAGUUGAUCAAGGCAGUGGAAGAGAUCUUGAUCCUAAUGGCGUUCAAAUGCACUUAGAUGAACAGAGGAAGAAAAAAGGUCCAGAUUACAACAGAAAGAGAGCCAUUAUUUUGGAUGCUGUCUUCAACGUAACGUGCGCUAAGUGUAAAACUCGAGGGCACUUGGCCAAAGACUGCUUCAAGGGAGCUGAUGGCAAAACGUAUGAACUUUUAUCAGAUAAUGAAGACGAUUCCAUAAGCAAAAUCCCUCAGCAAGAAACUCUUGACAAAGUGAAAGUAGAUAAAAAGGAAAAGAAAAAAAAGAAAAAACGAACGAAAGAUGAAGAUGAAAAGCAUUUGACUGCCAAGAAAAAGAGAAAAAAAGAAGAGAAGAAGCCAAAAAAAUCUAGGAAAAGAAAAUACUCGGACUCAUCAUCAACCUCUUCCUCAAGCUCAUCAUCAUUCAGCGAUUCGUCAUCAGAUUCAUCUGACCAUCAUUCCAAAAAGAAGAAGAAAAGGAAAAAGAUGAAGGUAAAAUCGAAGAAAAGCUCAAAAAGAUGAAUGCAACUCAAUCGGCUAAAUGAACUUACACCAUUCAACAUUGACCUAUGAUCGCAUUCAUUAAGUAAAUCAACCAAUGGGCAAAAGUAAUGAAGCGAGAUACAUGAUGAAGACUCAAUCAGCUUUAAUACUUUUACUGGAGCACUUCAGACGCAAAGUUGAAAUGCUGUUGAAAAUCUGUCCAGAAGGUAUUAGAUUGGAGUCUUGCAUUCUCUUCCAAAAGACAAAAAUCGAAAAAGGAAUCUGAGUUAUCAACAAAUUAAAAUUAAAUACUGUAGCACAGAAUAAUUUAAGUGGGAAUAGGCUACAAGAAAACUCAAAAAUGAAAAUGUAGCAAGACAAAUAUCACACAGGUAUAUUCAAAGAAGAGAGAACAGCAAACUAAAAAAGAACAAUUACAACAGACUGCCGUAGAUGUCAGCUUUUAACUGGCAGGGGACACGAAGGUAUUCCUCAAACCAACUAUUGGGCUAUUGCUAUAACGCUAACAAUCGACAAGAAGAUCAAAUAAUGGUCACCUGUCGUCACCUAUUUGCAAAAACUACUUUCUACUUGUGUAAGGAGUAGAAGGCCUGAUAAACUCUCACCAAGUA